AUGGACAUCCAGGAAAGACAACCUCUCUUAAACCCAUCAAUCACCCCGAACAGUAUAUCUCACAGCUCCCAACAAGAACCACUUAGUCGCUCAUCCGAUGAGUUCCGUGCACCAUACACCGACAUCCUACCAGGGACCCCCUACAGAAAGAGCAUCAAUUGGUCAAGCGCAUACAUUUUAGUCGUUUCACGCGUGAUUGGGAGCGGUAUCUUCGCAACACCAGGCUCAAUCGUCAAAUCUGCCGGAAGCAUCGGAUUGACUCUUGUUGAGCCCACCGAGCUUCAGCAUAAGCUUCUCGCUGUUGGCCUCUUGACUGCCAUUACUAUUGUCCAUGCCUGUUUCUUGAAAACUGGAAUCUUUGUUCAGAAUGUUCUUGGCUGGGUGAAGAUCUUCCUCAUUGGCGCGAUUUCCUUGACGGGGAUCUGGGUUGUUUUUCUUCAAUUCCAUGGAGAUACUGAUAAUAUAUUUCCAGAGUCAACAGCUGGCAGUUCGUUCUGGGAUUCGAUGUGGGAAGGAUCAAACUGGAGCUGGAGUCCGCUUUCGUCGGCUUUGUUCAAAGUCUACUAUUCCUACGCUGGAUUAAGCAAUGUGAACAACGUCCUCAAUGAGGUUCAUGAUCCCGUGGGAAUAGUGAAGACUGUGUGUCCCACUGCACUAGUCACAGCCGGUGCUCUAUAUUUUCUUGCGAAUCUUUCAUACUUCCUGGUCAUUCCGCUCGAAGAGAUCAAAAAUAAUGGGGAAUUAGUGGGCGCACUGCUAUUCGAAAGACUAUUUGGAGAUCACGUCGGAAAGAUAUUCUUUCCACUUGCUAUUGCUAUUUCAGCUGCCGGGAAUGUGAUGGUGGUGACCUUUGCCUUGGCACGUGUGAACCAAGAGAUAGCACGACAAGGCUUCCUUCCAUGGCAAAGUGUUCUCUCAUCUUCGCGGCCAUUUGGCACCCCACUGGGUGGACUUAUUGUACACUAUAUCCCUUCUGCGUUGGUUCUCGCCCUGCCACCACAAGGGGACGUCUAUAACUUCAUUCUGGACUUGGAGGGAUACCCGGGACAGAUGUUUUCCUUGGCGAUAACACUUGGACUACUGAUAGUACGAUACCGGGAGCCUCAUCUUCCACGGCCUUUUAGAGCGUGGUUGCCGGCUGUCUGGUUACGGGUUGUGGUGUGUUUAGUUCUACUAGUAACACCCUUCAUCCCGCCACCAAAUUGGAAAGGGGACGUCGAUUUCUUCUAUGCCACCUAUGCACUUGUCGGGAUUGGAAUUGUACUCUUUGGGGUUCUCUAUUGGUAUGUAUGGACAGUGUUAAUCCCACGAUGGGGAGGCUAUCAACUCGAGGAAGACAAAGAGAUUAUGGCCGAUGGGACUAGCAUUAUCAAGCUCGUUCAUACAUAUCAUAAUUUACAGCGUUGA